GGCUGCGGUGACCGGGACGUGCCAUCUGCGCAUCCAACCCCCCUCCUCAUGUCCAAUCACGGGAAUCGAUCUCCUAUCACCCAGGUCUCGGACUAAAAAUCAGUAACAUCGACGCGUAUGACAGGCUCACCGGGAAUUUUAAGGCUAAGCUCUAGCUUAACUAUGAAGCGUAACUAUGAGAACGCGCUGAAACUCCUGGAGACGCGAAGGCGGAAGGCUCGACCGACGACACCUGCGCCGACAACGGCCCAAGACUCUCCGACUCCAAGUGGUGCCCCAACAGUCAAAGGGAUUCCCAGCUUGUUUGGAAUGAAGGAAUGGCUACAGACAUUAGGUCACUCGGAAAAUGAUGUUGACCAGCUCAACAUCAUUCAUGUUACUGGGACUAAAGGAAAAGGCAGUACGUGCGCUUUCACCAGGUCUUUUCUCCAUGCACACGGUGUGAGAACCGGCUUUCCCAAACGAAUCGGGUUAUACACCUCUCCUGAUUUGCAAUGCAUCCGGGAGCGAAUCCAGAUCGAUAAUCAGCCAAUCACGGAAGACCUUUUCACUCAAUACUUCUUCGAAGUGUGGGAGACCCUUGCCUCUUCCAAUCAGGUAGAGUCUACAAGACAACCUCGCUAUCUACAGCUCCUGCUAUUACUGGCUUUCCACACGUUCAUCAAAGAAGGUGUCGAUGCAGCAAUUAUCGAAACGCACCAUGGCGGAGAAUAUUGUGCCACAAAUGUGGUCCGGAAGCCCAUCGUGACCGGAAUCACCUCCCUGGGUCUCGAUCAUGUCGCACAACUGGGCCCAACAGUUGAGGACAUCGCCUGGCACAAAUCAGGUAUUUUCAAACCAGGCGCAGCUGCAUUCUCUGCCUUGCAGGACCCCGGUCCCGCUGAAGUCCUACGGAAACGUGCUGCCGAAAGAAAUACCACGCUUACUUUCGUCUCGCCUUCUAACACACUACCCCCCAACAACAGGGUUCUUAGUGUUCCAGUACAACGCUUAAACUGCUCCUUGGCCCUCGAGUUAGCUUCGAGCUUUUUGCAUGCCAAGGACCCUGAAAAUGGACUGACCUCGGACGAUAUAGCCAAGGGUAUUGAUAACUUCUCGUGGCUCGGGAGGUUUGAGACUAUCAAUAGUGGGGAAUCACAAUGGUAUUUGGAUGGCGCACACAAUCCACUUAGUCUCGAGCAAGCAGCAGAGUGGUUCGCAAACAAUGUCAACACCUCUGAGACACCAAAGUAUCGUGUCCUCAUCUUCAGCCACUUUUCUGAAGAGCGCGAUGGAGUUGAUCUUCUAACAUCUCUGGCACAUGCCCUAUCCAAGAACAACGCUGUGCCCAAUCAUGUCAUAUUCACUACCUAUCAAGAGAAGGAGGAUGGAUCCACGAGAAUCGACAAAACCCUCAAAGUUCCAGAGACUCCUUUCCCUGACCUCUGCUCGAUCUAUACCUCCCUUUGGAAGGAAUUCCACCCUAAUACCACCGUCUCAACUGAGCCGACAAUCGAACAGGCUAUACGACUUGCGGAGCGUAUCGGUCUACAGGAGGGUGGCAUGGAAGCCUUUGUCACGGGAAGCCUGCAUUUAGUCGGAGGAGCACUGAGUUUGUUGCGACCCUAGCUUUCAGCCCCGCGUUUUUGGGCCAACCCAGGCCAUAAGUUGGCUCUGUUACUUUCCCCCGCGAGUUGAUACUUUUCUGUAGAGCAGUUUUGGUCGCAUACCACUUUUGCUAUGGAUUAGCCGUUUUGCUGGAUAUUGCUAGUUUCUCUCGAUCCGUGUAGGAUUCAACCCGUGAGAAAUACAUCGGCUUCCACCAUACGCAAAUUGUCGAUGUUCCUAUUUUCUUGGAACUGAGCGCGUUUGCGAGGCCCCCAUACGCUCUUCCUGGUCAAAUCGUGGUGCCCAUUACUUGAAACCAUUGGAGCAUGUACGCCUUACAUGGAUCUCAACAAUGAAUGAUUAUCUAAGCGGAGAUAACUCAUGCAGAUCAUGACUCGAAAAGGGCUUUGACGCCCGAAGUUUUAACGUUAAGUGGGGAUAAUGAGACCACCUUCUGUUGACCGGAAACCUCCCUGUAGA